UACGAAUCCGGCAGCAAGAUUCAGAACCCAGGUUUCUCCGAGACAAUGUCGUUCAUCCCUGGACAACCAGUGACGGCAGUUGUGCAACGGAUUGAAAUACACAAGCUGCGCCAAGGUGAGCACCUAAUCCUGGGCUUCAGUAUCGGAGGAGGGAUCGACCAGGACUCAGGACAGAACCCCUUCUCUGAGGACAAAACAGACAAGGGUAUCUAUGUGACCCGCGUGUCGCCGGGGGGACCAGCAGAAGUGGCUGGCUUGAUGAUGGGAGACAAAAUCAUGCAGGUGAACGGCUGGGACAUGACCAUGGUGACCCAUGACCAGGCCAGGAAGAGACUGACCAAGAAGAAGGAGGAUGUAGUGAGGCUGCUGGUGACCAGGAAGUCUCUGGAGGAAGCAGUCAGACACUCCAUGAUGUAAACAACAACAACACCAGGUCUGGAACACACGAGCAGUUCAACACUACAGGGUCUUUUGAGUUCAAUUCAGUCCAUUCAGGAAACAAAUUAAUAAGUGCCACCAAGACCAGAUAUAUCUUAAGCCUUUCCUCUUAACAUCCUAAUUGAAUGUCAAUUAGUCAGAUUGAGCAGCAUUGACACAUGCUGUCUGAUUGGGUGCUAAAUUGACUAAUGGUCAAUGAUGGAAUAUUUUCACGUCAUUCAUACACCCCUACAUCCUGGGUUUGUGAUGGUUCUGAACCCACCUUGACACCAUUACAGCCCAACGUCAGCCAUCCUCUACUAUACUGUCUAAGAUACCGGAUGUCAAGUCUUUAUCAUCACCAGUAACUUCAUAUUUCAGCACAGGAAACUACUGUAAACACUAUCGAAUCCUGUUAGGUUUGUUCUGAUUCAUCUUGUAUUGACAAUUUUUAUGUCUGUAUUUUCAUAAGCCAAAGGACAAGGAAAUGCCAAGAAACCUUUUUUUAAUUUUUUGUUUCCUUUUUUGCAUGUUUUUUUUAUUGUGGUGUACAAACAUCCAGUGGUUAACACCUGAACUGUAUAUGGUCAUCUACCUGUGUGUAUGGAUAUCCAAGGUUUCUAUAUUAAUCUAUAUUAAAGGUUUUGAGAAUAGCAAACAUGAGUGUUAGGGAUUUAACACUACCUUGUGUUUUUAGGAACCAGCAAUUAUUCCAUCGUUUUUUUCAGUACAUUAGAAGGUUUCUUUACCACAAUAUUGUCUUCAUUGUGCACAACCAAACUGCUUUCUGUGUAUCUUCUGAUCGACUGUUCAUCAUUUUCCUGCCAAAUACCAAUAUCUUAUAACCAGCUGUUCACUGUAGCAUCUAAAACAACACAUUUUUAGUUCCUCACUGGAAUAUGUUAGACAGAGGUUGACCUUUUGGAUGUUUAUUGACUGAUAGAAACAGCUGCAAUAUUACUCUUGUGAAUUUACCACUAACUCUACUGUCACCAAUAGAGAGAGGAUUUCCAGAGGUUUCCUAUAACUGUUCCUGUUUACUUUCUAUAAGGUGUUGAGCAGAAACUGGCCUCGCUCGCCACUAACUAACUCUUCCUGCCUCACAGCAAUAUGUCUGCAGUGCACUACCCUGUUCCUAUUUAAAUCAUUCAAGAGUAAUGAGGAAGGUUGUAAUGCAGAUUGUAGUGGUACCUUUUGUAUUAACUCUUGGACUUUUUGUACGGCAUACCCAUGUAUUGUUUGUGUCGAAAGACUAGCCUAUCAAUUCCGAACCCAGCUGGUUAUUAUAAACCAGACAUAUUGCCUUGAAUUGCCUUUUUUUGUAGAUAUAAAGGCAGUUUCUUAAGGUGUAAUAACUAUUAUGUCAUUGCUCUCCCUAACUAUGCAAACUACAGUGGGGACUGAAACAUGUACUUUUACCAUUUUGGCAACUGAAUGUCCUUGAAAAUAAAUCAAAAUAUUUGUGCUAAA